CCCUACACUGGCUGCUGAAACGCGAACCUAAAUGGCGACUUCCAGCAGUACCUCAACAUCAGCCUCGAACCUGGGCAGUAACAACACACCACAGCACCAUCAGACCCAAAGUCAACACAUCAGCAGCACCAUGAGCAGCAUGCAAGAGAUGAACUCAUGCUGGAGGUGUCAGAGUGAUUCAGGGUUUCAGAUAAACCUGUCUGGAGUUCCCCAAAGUAAACGUAAAGCCCUGAAGUUAAAUUUUGCCAAUCCUCCAAUCAAACCUACUUCCAGAAUCACUCUGAACACGGCCGGACUUCCUUUCCAGAAUCCACACAUAGAGAGGCUGCGAAAUCACAGUAUAGAGUCAUCUGGGAAGCUGAAGCUCUCUCCAGAGCAGCACUGGGACUUCACAGCAGAAGACUUGAAGGAUAUGGGCGAGAUCGGCCGAGGCGCAUACGGCUCCGUCAACAAGAUGGUGCACAAACCUAGCGGAAAAAUCAUGGCCGUCAAAAGAAUCAGGUCGACGGUAGAUGAGCGAGAACAGAAGCAGCUGCUGAUGGAUCUGGAUGUUGUCAUGAGGAGCAGUGACUGUCCAUACAUCGUCCAGUUUUACGGGGCUCUCUUCAGAGAGGGGGACUGCUGGAUAUGCAUGGAGCUCAUGUCUAUCUCCUUCGACAAAUUCUACAAAUACGUUUAUUCCUCUUUAGAUGAAGUGAUUCCAGAGGAGAUUUUAGGAAAAAUAACAUUAGCUACUGUGAAAGCACUAAACCACUUAAAAGAAAGCUUGAAAAUUAUUCACAGAGACAUAAAGCCAUCAAAUAUCCUCCUGGACAGGACAGGAAACAUUAAGUUGUGUGAUUUUGGCAUCAGCGGGCAGCUGGUGGACUCCAUCGCCAAAACCAGAGAUGCAGGCUGUAGACCAUAUAUGGCACCGGAGAGGAUAGAUCCCAGUGCAUCCAGACAGGGUUAUGACGUCCGGUCAGACGUGUGGAGUUUGGGAAUCACACUGUAUGAGCUGGCCACAGGACGGUUUCCGUACCCGAAGUGGAACAGUGUGUUUGAUCAGUUGACGCAGGUGGUGAAGGGCGACCCGCCGCAACUCAGCAGCUCAGAGGAGAGACAGUUCUCCCCCAAAUUCAUCAACUUUGUCAACCUGUGCCUUACAAAGGACGAAUCAAAAAGGCCAAAGUACAAGGAGCUUCUGAAACAUCCUUUCAUUCAGAUGUACGAGGAGCGUUCAGUAGAUGUGGCCAGCUACGUGUGCAGGAUCCUCGAUCAAAUGCCCACGUCUCCCAGCUCCCCGAUGUACGUGGACUGACAUGCACAUAUCCGAACAUCCACAUGAGAAAUACAAGACGAAAAAAAAAACACGGUGUAAAGAUUUGCUUCAUCACAGAACUGCAGUAUUAAAGCGAGGAAAACUGAAUACUAGAACAUCAUUUGUGAAACGAUUGAUGUUCGAUUCAAGUGCGACUGUAAGAUACCUCCAACAUGUCUCUCUCUCUCUCCAACCUGUCUGUCUCUUUCACAUCACACACAUCUGUAAAGCUUAAAUAGACUAGUAUCAUGCAGAGGUCUUGCGGUCAGAUCCGGUCUGAUCUCUCUUGUGGAUGCAGAAUAGGGAUUUUAAACAUAUAAAGAUAAAAUAAUAAUAAUAAUAAAAUAAGCCUGGAAUUGUAUUUAUACUUCUGAGAUCACUUGUGGAAUAUAUGAUUUGGAAAACCUUUGACGUACUGGAAUUCUGCUCGUCGUGUCUGGUCCUCUCCUCUUUAUGUAUGUGAUAUUACACUUGUGUUUUGUAUGUUUUAAAAGGUUUCUGUAAGGUGAACGGUGCAGAGGUGCACGGGGUAAAUGUAAUGUACACAACUAUGUGCUGACAUAAAUAAAACUGAGGAAGAAAAGAA